UCCUUCGUAAACAUCAUCACAUCAAUUUCUUCAAUUUCUUCAAUUUUCAAUAAAUUGAAUUAAAGUAUAAUUAAUUAAUCACGUAAUACCGAAAUACAGCGCAAUCGGAUUCAUUUUUCCAAUUAUUACAUUGAAUAUUCAAGCAUGAAUAAUUAAGGUAGUCAGAUUAGGUACUCAUGGUGCAUUGGAACAGUAUGUAACUAGGUACCUCAACUUUUUUCUUUCAUUGAUCACAGUGAACCAGUUUUGGUGUAUCCGGCAUUGUCAUCUGUGUACGUGCACAUUUGCCGAAUGAAGUAAUAGAGUAGCAACGAUAGUGACAACGACGAAGAUGGCACCGAGUGAAUUCGACGAGAAUUCGCGUACCAAAGAAGAUAAGGGCGCUCUGUUUCACAGCGAACGAUUGCAGAAGAUAUUGCUUAUGAAAUUAGGAAAGAAUAACAAAACCUUAGAAGCCUUUCACGAAUUGUCGACAAUUUCCAAUGAAAAUUCGUUGAAUUUUCGUCGUACACUCAGGAGUAAAAUAGAAAGAAGAGGAAUACAUAUAAUCAAGGAUUUUUUGAAACAUUCCGAAGGAAUCAAAAAAGCUUUAGACCAAGUUCACGAAAAUGCCGUCAACAUUGACGAGGCGGUAAACGAGUCCAUCGACAAAUUGCGACUUACGAAAAAUAAAACUUUUCAUCUUCAAGAUCACGCUUCAAAAUUCAUAAAAGAAAGCGAACGAUUACGUAUGGAAGAAACGAUAUUGUCGUCGUAUCUGCAGCAGUUCCAACUUUCCAAAAAGGAGACGGAAAUUUUAAAGCAGGCCGAUAUCAAUACAGAAUUUUUCGGCGUAUUGGAUAAAUCGCAAUAUAUAUACAAUUCGUGUCAAAUAUUACUAAACUGCGGUCAUACCACUUCGGCUGUCAGCAUAAUGGAAGAAUUAAGUUUACUUCAGGAAACAGCUUUGGAGUUUCUGUACCGUUGGACUCAGAUUCACUGUAAAGACAUCGAGUCGGCAAAAAUAGCUUUUCUGUUAACCAAGGCUAUGAAACAUUUUCAAAACAGAGCUGUGUCGUUUUCUAAUUUAAUGGACGAGUACAGCGCUGCCAGACGAGCGGUAAUGGUCCGUUUAUUCAUCGACGCGUUGACCAAAGGCGGAGCAAAUGGUUUUCCCAAACCUAUCGAAACCUAUGUGCAUGAUAAAAAACGAUACGUUGGCGAUAUGUUAGCCUGGCUGCGACAGUAUAUUCCCACCGAGAAAGAGUAUUUCUCGCUGUUUUUGAAGGAGUGCAAUCUUAAUAGGCAAGAUAUUCAAAACGAAAUACGCAAGGGCAUGUCGAAUAUAACGGAAGGCGUUUGCAACAUUCUGGUCGUUCGCAUCGAGUAUUUAAUUUCGUCGUCGUCGUCUCCUUUUGAAUUGUACGAUUCGGCCAGCUUACUACGUUAUUAUUCGAAAAUCAUUUCGGACGAAUUGAACGACGAUAGCGCGCUGAGUAGCACGCUCAAUGAACUUGGCGAGAUUACGGAAUGCGCUUUUUUGAAUUCCAUCCAGAAUUUGGUCAGACACAAUGUGUUGGAAAAAGUAGAAGCUCCUUGCGCCGAUUUGUCGCCGUCGCCGGGUGUUAAUUAUCUGCUGAAUUUCAUGAGCGAAAUCUUAUCUAUGGUCGGACUGAACGUCGACAGGAAAGAAUUCACGCUCAAGGUGAUUAGCUGCGUUGUAGAACCUCUACUGCAAGCGAUCAAUUUGAGCGCAUCUAAACUAACGAGCGUCGAUAUGGCGGUGUAUCUUUUGAAUUGCUCGACGGAAAUUCUAAAUACGAUUUCAUUUUAUGAAUUUGUCGACGAAUGGCUAGAACGUUUACAAGCGCAAAUAGACGCUCAAAUGGAUACAUUAACGUCGGAGCAGGCUAGUUUUUUGAUAAAUAAUUUGAAUUUAGGAUUGAUGUAUCCUAUUUUACAAGAUACGUCGAAAGCGCCUCUAUCCCAAGUGCCUGGAAUGGAUGCUGCCAGUUUGAAAUGUUUCAUGGAAAAACUGGAAAAUUUCACGCAUUCGCCGAGUUCGAUCAUGCUGCCACAAAUCACGUUUAUCGCCAAUAACGCGCAACGAGAGAAAAUUUUGAAACGGUCUUACGAAGUGAUCGUAGCUGUUUACAAGCAACUGUACGAUUGCGUCUAUGAGCCGACAAAUUUGUACCGAGAUCCGAAAACUUUGAUGCCACAUUCUCCGCAGUACAUACAAGAGGUUUUAAUGUCAUCCGAAUCGCGUUACGAACUCUGAACAAAUGAUCGCAAACCUUCUCUGAAUUUCCAUCUGCAUAGACCGAAGACAUACUACCUAUGUAGGUAAAGGUAUGUACGUUGAUAAAAUAAAUUUUGUUUUAUUUGUUUGUUUA